AUGUCGUCUGCUACUGCCCAGAAGCGUGCUGCGUUUGCUGUCUUGCAGUUCCUCGAGGACUCGCUCAAGAACGGCUCAAUCAAGGAGGACGACAAGGAGGGCAUCGAGGUUGCGAGCCAGUGCAUCGCAGAGGCUUUCGGCGUGUCGGGCGAGUCGGACCAGGACAAGCGCGCGUACGGCCUCUCCAAGCCGCUCGCUCAACUCCUCGAUGAGGUCGCCGCCCAGACAUCGACUGAUGCUUUGCCCAAGGAGGCGAGUGCGGAGGACAAGCAGGCUGCCGACGCUGCCAAGUCGCGCGGAAACCAGCUGAUGGCGAAGAAGGACUACCCUGGAGCUAUCGAGGCGUACUCGGAGGCGAUCAAGAAGGAUGCCAGCAACCCCGUCUACUGGAGCAACCGUGCCGCUGCCUACUCGCAGGUCCAGGACCACAAGUCCGCCGUCUCGGACGCCCGCGAGGCGCUCAAGAUCGACCCGUCCUUCAGCAAGGCGUACUCUCGUCUCGGCCACGCGCUUUUCUCGAUUGGCGAGUACCAGGAGGCUGUUGAGGCGUACGAGAAGGGACUCGAGCUUGACCCGACGAACGCCACAAUGAAGUCCUCCCUCUCGACCGCCCGCUCCCGCCUCCCCGCCUCCUCGACUCCCUCAGAGCCCGCGGCGUCCGCCGACUCCGUCUCGUCCCGCUCGGGUGCAGGCGCUGGUGCCGGCGCCGGUGCAGGAGCAGGAGGGAUCCCUGGAUUCCCCGGGAUGGGCGCUGGAAUGCCCGACCUGGCCUCGCUCAUGAGCAACCCUGCGCUCAUGGGCAUGGCCCAACAGCUCAUGCAAAACGGGGGUCUCGAACGUAUGAUGUCGAACCCCAUGAUGCAGAGGAUGAUGGAAUCUAUGGGCGGAGGCGGAGGCGGCAUGCCGGACAUGAGCGCUCUCAUGAACGACCCAGAGAUGCGCCGGAUGGCAGAGUCGUUCGGCUCGGCGAUGGGAGGAGGUGCAGGAGGUGCAGGUGGUCGCGGUGGACAGGGAGGCAGCAACAACUCGGACAUGUACUCUUGA